AUGGCCGAAAUCAUGGAGAUUGCAUAUGGUCUGCAAACUUCAAACAUGGUGUUUGUCUGGUCAAGAACCUACGAUGGAUAUGCUCUGGGGAAAAUCAUAUACAUUUUCACCCGAUACUCGCCUUUUUUUGGAAUGCCUUUGACGCUCCUCGGUACUAGUAACAUUUUCCGUCCACGUUUCAUGCGUCUAAAAACCAUAAAGCUGUUCAGGCCUUUCAAGUCCCCGUCUCGCAAGGUUGGGCUUGCUAUAGUCAUAGUCAUUCUUGUUCUUUUCCUACCGUCCACACCUUUUGCGCCGUCUCCCAUACCAGAAAUCACUGGGUGCUUUAAGACUGGCGUGCCGCAUGUCAUAUCUGGGAUAUUCAUACUCCUCAUGGCCUGCGAAGCCAGCUUGCUGUCAAUAUCAUUCGCUCAUAUCUUGAAAACCACCCCUCUGGAACGCCCGAAGCUACUUCAGGCCGUGGUUCGGGAAGGCAUCAUAUACUCACUUUGGAUGCUAAGUUUAUCGACCGCAAAUGUCUUGGUGAUCUAUCUUGCUCAGGACGCUUUCGCGGAUCUGCUUACAACAUAUCAAUGCGUUUUUCAUACGAUACUCGCUUCACAUCUCCAUCUGCACCUCAACCGGUACAACAAUUCGAUCUUGCACCCUGAAAGUACUGCACAAGUAUCGGAUAUUGCAUUUCGGGACGGAAAUGAAGUUACAGUAUAG